AUGGGAGAGAAUCUCGCUGAAUUAUUGGCGGAGAUAAAGAAGCGAGUGAUCCCAUCAGCUUUCGAGAAAAAAUGCGAGGUAAGUCAAACACUAACAAAUGAGCAGCGUAAGAUUAUCAUUCUCGGAAGAGGAUACUAUCAUGUUUUAUAUAAAUUAUUAUUUUUAAGCGAACAGACUGCAAAACUAUCAUACAACACAUUAAUGAAGAAUGUUAUGAUCAGUGAGAAAGAUUACAUUCCUACAAUUGAUCCUCUUCCCACUCAAAUCAUAAUCAACCUUUUAAAAUUGAUAUAUCAACAGCCAAGAAUAUUUGCAAUAUCACUAAUUGAAUCAUCAAUGCCAGAAAAAGAGUUUAUAAACUUUGCAUUCACAACAUUUCCCGCACUUUUUGGAUUUUUCACAUCUCAAGAAUUCUCAGAGCCAGCCGGUCUUCUUGUUCUCGAUUUAAUACAAGCAGGUGGACCAGACUAUAUGGUAGAGAAUUUAACCAAUUCUUUGCUAUAUUCAUCAAUAAAUUUUAUUGAAUCGUUUUGGUGUGAAUUUUCCAGAGAAUUUACAUCAUCAAGUAGUAAUACGCUCAAAAGCAUACAUGAAUCUCUCGUAAAUUCAUUAAAUAUCUGUGUAAAAUUAUUACCUGCAUCAAUCUUCUUUAUUUGUAGAGAACUCGCAUCAUGUAACGUCGAAUUACUAUUCCGCAUUGUCUUUUUAUCAUUUCUACCCCAAACUUUUUCGAUUUGGUCUUCAAGAUCCCCUUUCGGACUUAGUUUGACUCAUCCAAACCUUGUCAUCAAAUAUUUCCAACAAAACAAUACUUGGCCAAACGAAAACGCGGUCUGUAUCCUCAACGCAAUCACGAAAAACGUUGCAAGAGUUAAUAAAACGCCAGUCUUUUCAGUUACGUGCAAAUUACCAUACUCACUAUUGAUAUUUAGCAAAAAGGAUGUCCUUUCCAUCUACAAAGCGUUCAAAACAAUUACAUCAAAAAUUCAAUUGUUUAAUGAAUUGGAAAACAGCGGUAAAUCCAUUGCAGAUGGUGCAUACGAGCCAUUUAUGAUACAAUUCUUCCAUAGAAUAAGCCCACAACGCUCAAAAAGUUUUGAUAUUAUUCCUAUACCGAGAUAUUUGUGCGAAACGUUCAAACCGAACUCCUAUCUUGAAAAUGCUUAUGUACAGUACACAGAUCUCCUCUCAAAAGGCUACACGGAGCAAACAAUGCAUCAAUUUUUCAGAUCUUCAGAAUUCCAAAGGUAUAAAGAGCAAAAAGAGUUAUCAAUAUUGGAUAUCAAGAUCGAUGAUCAAAACGAAGCCUUCAAAUUAUCAAUGGCUAAGUACGAUGUCGUUCAAUACGAGAAAACUCUUUAUUCUCUUUUCUCACAGACCUUUGGACUUGUUAUUUAUGAUAUGAAGAUCUCCAAGCUCCAUCCCGUAACUCUAACGACCAUUUUUGACCUUGAUUCCAUUAUAGAUAAAUACAUUUACGGGAGAGAUCACUUACGGAGCAUUCUUUUCAUUGAAAUGCUCAACACAUUUCGAUUUGAGAACAUAAUACCCAUAGAAAAACGCAUUAUUGAAAAAGUUACGUAUUCUAUUGCGAAAAUUGUUGAUCCCAUGGACAAUAUCUUCUCUAAAUCGAUUCCUUUGUCAUCACUCGCGAUGCUAUUCAACAAAAGAAUCGAUAUUAAGGCAGGACAGUUUCUAAUUUUGAUUUCUUUUGUAAUUGAAAACGUAAUUCUCUUUUCAAAGCCUCCUUGUGCAUUUGCAAUAUAUAACCCAACUCUUAUGAUGAAAUAUAUCAUCAGAAUGUCAAUUCUAGACAGAGAUAUCUUCGCUUUUAUUUUUCUUGAAAAAAUUUUUCUGAGAUCAAAUUUCAUAAGAAGACUUCCUCCUUCUUUCGUCAACUCCCUCAACAUGUACGUGCAGACAAUGUGGGAACUGAUAGGAACUGACGAAUCUUCACUAGCAGACGUUCUUUCUUAUGAAAUCAAAAAUUUAUAA